AUGAGAAAUGUUGAAUGGCCAAGCAAUAUGUUGAGUUCAAUGUUGAAGCACUUCAGAAAGUUGCGGCUUAGAGUGUUAACCAGGAAAGUGUUGCGCAUAUGUGGAAACUUGCAGAAGGUGGCUUCAACAGAGUCUUACUUGUUGACCAUGAAUGAUGGACUUGAGGUCAUUGUCAAGAUCCUGUACUCUAUUGCAGAGCCCAGAAAACUUGCAACGGAGAGGAUACCCGUGCCCAAAGUUUACGGCUGGUCCUCUGAAGCAAAUAACGAUGUCGGAACCGAAUAUAUUAUUAUGGAGAAGGCUGCCGGUCAGCCUUUGGAAGCACGAUUCAAAAACCCGGACCCAGAGCCGCCGAAGGAUUACUCCAAGCCCUCGCUUCCAGAAGACUACGAGUCCCUCGACCCUGAAGCAAAAUCCCAAGCUGAUGAACUUCAUCGAAGACGAAUGCUGUUCUAUCUGUACAUGAUCUUCAAUGGAAAGGACAACAAACCCCACCUUAACACCAUGCGAUAUCCAGGAAUGAUGCCCAUUCAACACCUUGUUGAUAGGGCGGGGCGUCCUUGGACCAGAAACAUCGUCACACCCAAGGGUGCUCUUAUCAGACUGAUCAAUCACUGGGCUGUGUUGAUGUCCACUCGACAUCAGAAACAUCCCUGCCCCAUCCAGUUCAACGCAAAAGACGAAGAGGAAUUCUAUGAACUUGAAGAAAAAUGGUUCAAGAUCAAUAUACUUGUGGAACACUGGCAGUCGCUGCUGGAUGAUAUGGGGCAGGAUGGAUGGGUUAGAAAUGAAUUGUUUGAGAAGGAUGUGGAGACUAAUAGGCAGCUGAAGAGAAAAUGGAUUGAUGAGGCUGAGGAUGAAGAGGACCUCGCUUAUGUGGAACACGGUUGGCCGUUUCAGGAUCAUGAGGAGGAUGAUUAA